CGGCCACCACAUGUCAUUGUAGGGUUCGCGCGACGUCGCUGCCUUUUCGUUGCGGAAACCUUCCCAAUGAUCGCGAGGGGCUCGACCUUCCCCCCGCGCCGCCGGUUCGGUUCUGCAAUUCGGAGUUGAUUGGCCCUUUCCCCGAGGUGCAGUUCCUGGUCACUAAAGUGGCAAGCACUUAACAGGAGGAAUAGAUUCUUCAGAGAAGGGUCUACUGUGGCAAUGCUUUUACUUUCAUACUGAAUGCUUGUUGCGAUGGACUUAAAUGCCUUGCCUGAAGAGGAUGAAGAAACUUUUGAUCCGCAUGUGGAAGAGUAUAGCCCAAAAUCGAGGCGCAUAGAAUCUGGACUUGAUAUUGCCAACCGGGAACGUGAUGAAAGGCGCAAGAGAUUAAAGAAAGAACGCUCAGAUGAAAAAACAAUGACUGUCUCUCAGCGUUCUUCACAUGAUCAGUUUCAUCAGAUGAGACACAUGAAUAAUAAUCAUAGAUCAUCUAAUCUUCCACAUGGUUGGUUAGACUGUCCAGCAUAUGGUCAAGAGAUAUUUUGCUUAAUUCCUUCAAAGACACCUCUUGGUGAGGGCUUUGACAUACCUCCUGGUAAAAGAUAUUCAUUCAAACAGGUUCUACAUCAACAAAGAGUUUUAGGAAGACGAAUUGGCUUGGUGAUUGACUUGACAAAUUCAACAAAGUAUUAUUCUCCAGCAGAUUUGAAGAAAGACGGUAUUAAGUAUGUCAAGAUUCGAUGUGUUGGGCGGCAUGAGGUUCCAGAGCCUGCAGCUGUUAAUGAAUUCGUGAAUGAGGUCACUCAGUUUAUAAAUCGCCAGAAAGAGUCCAAGAAAUAUGUCUUUGUCCACUGUACACAUGGUCAUAAUCGUACAGGAUACAUGAUUAUCAAUUAUCUGAUGAGAUCCAUGCCGAUGUCGGUCUCACAGGCCAUAAAAAUAUUUGCUGAUGCGCGUCCUCCUGGGAUUUACAAACCUAAAUACAUCGAGGCAUUGUAUACAUGUUAUCAUGAGAGGAAGCCUGAAAUGGUCGUUUGUCCUCCCACUCCGGAGUGGAAGAGGUCCUCUGGUCUUGAUCUUAAUGGUGAAGCUAUGCCUGAUGAAGACGACGAUGGAAAUUUAGCUGCUCCUGGGAAUGAUAAUCAUGAGACCGAUAAACCACUGACAAAUGAUGAUCUAUUGGGCGAUGAAAUACCAAGAGACCAGAGUGAUCAUUAUAGGCAUUUCUGCUAUAAGACUCUUAAGCUAAAUGUGGGGGGAAGGGGAGGCUCACAAUUUCCCGGAUCCCAUCCUGUUUCCCUCAACAGGGAGAAUUUGCAACUUCUAAGGCAGAGGUACUAUUAUGCAACAUGGAAGGCUGAUGGAACCCGUUAUAUGAUGCUAAUAACUGUUGAUGGAUGUUAUCUGAUCGAUAGAAGCUUUAAUGUUAGAAGGGUUCAGAUGAGAUUUCCUUGCAGACCAAAUGAGGUAUGGAACUCCGACCCGAAAAAAAAAGAGGCUCUAGGCGAGAAAACUCACCACUUUACGCUACUGGAUGGUGAGAUGAUCAUUGACACUAUGCCAGACUCACAGAAGCAGGAGAGGAGAUACCUUAUUUAUGAUCUGAUGGCAAUUAAUUAUGUUUCUGUUGUAGAGCGCCCUUUUCAUGAACGGUGGAAACUGAUUGAGAAGGAAGUUAUUGAACCUCGAAAUUAUGAGCGUCAGAACAUGCACCUCAGCAGAAAUCCUUAUUACAGAUACGACUUGGAACCAUUCAGGGUGAGAAGGAAGGAUUUCUGGCUGCUUUCCACUGUGACGAAGCUUUUGAAGGAGUUUAUUCCAAAGCUUUCACAUGAUGCUGAUGGGCUUAUUUUUCAGGGUUGGGAUGAUCCUUACGUUCCUCGCACCCAUCAAGGUCUUUUGAAGUGGAAGUAUCCUGAAAUGAACUCUGUUGAUUUUCUGUUUGAGGUUGAUGAUGAUGGAAAUGAGCUUUUGUUUCUGAAUGAACGAGGCAAGAAGAAGCCAAUGGAAGGGAAUCGAGUUGUAUUCAAAGAUGGUCCUGAUCCCUCUUCAUACUCUGGGAAGAUAAUUGAGUGUUCAUGGGAUACCGAUGAACAAGUGUGGGUUUGUAUGCGGACCCGGGUAGACAAGUCUACUCCCAAUGAAUUUAACACCUACAGAAAGGUGAUGCGAAGCAUAAAGGAUAAUAUUACAGAAGAAAUCUUGCUGGGCGAAAUCAAUGAGAUCAUUCGCCUGCCCAUGUAUGCAGAUCGAAUAAGGAAUGAAAGCAAAGCUCAUAUGAAUUCAGCACGAAGAAGGUGAUCUGUACGGCAUUGCGGCUACCGAAGCAUCUUUGGAACUUCUGAAGAACAGACACAACUAUGUCCUUAAGGAUGCUGAGUAAUUGUGGCUCUGACUGCUUGAAGUUCGGUUUACGUAAGACUCACUUGGGUAGUGAUGCUCUGACCAUGAUCUGAUGGGCUGUGCUGGCGAUUAGCCCGAUAUGGUCGGUGCGCUUGCAAGUUCUUAAGGGUUCAAAUUAGUUGUUUCUCUCCUUCCUAUGCACCCCCCUCACCUUUUCCUCAUAGCAUUGCAGAAGAGAUUUAGGGCUUAGAGCACCGUGUAUAUUUGUAUUUGUUCUCUUUCUAGCAAUUGUUAGCUUGCUUAGAAAGGCAGCGAUUUUAAAGAAUCAAAAUCGACAGUGAGGUAUGUGAUUUUUGAGUCUACAUUUUCUAUGUGAAUAUAGGUUCUCUCCUGUCUCCUCA